GCGACUGGAGGGAGCAGCUGCAUCCUCUGGUGACCAGGUUAAAUGAGUGCGUGAUGGAGGUGGUGGAGAAGGCAAAGAGAGCCAUGACCUUUGUGCUCCUGCAGGAGGCAGCCUGCAGCAUUCCACAGGGUUUUCUCCUCCAACAGAGGCGAGACGUGGUCUUCAGUCAGGCACUGGCAGCCUUAGCCUGCGGGUUUGUUAUGAGGCUGUAUGCAGGAAUGCAGGACCAAGGCUUCCUAAGGCAGCUCCACCUGGUUGGCCUGGUGGCCCAGUUUGAGAGUCUGCUCAGCACCUACAGUGAGGAGAUCGGGAUGCUGGAGGACAUGGAGGUUGGAAUCUCAGACCUGCAGAGAGUCGUUUUCCAGAUUACAGAGGCCAAGACAGAUGACCUCAGUGACCUCCAGCCUUUAGUGUGUGGCCGACGGUGA